UUCUUAGGGCGCCGUGCCGUUUGUGCGAUGAAGAACCUACCCCUCCCCUGUGGGAUCAGCCGUUCAUGACGUGAAAGAGAGACCAAAGUUUGAAGGCUGUCGGCUACACCAAGCGUUCUUGGUUUCAUCCAUAACCAUCUUGAAGAAGUCAUUUUUUUCAAAACGAUUUUCUCUAUUGGGAACCAUUUUUUGCCUUACCUUUGGGCUAACAAAGGCGUCGUAGUGAUCUUGGAAAGAGGAGUCAUGAAUGUUGCAAAUCCUGUAAAUCGUAAUUAGCAAUUUUCGGCAUUCUUCAAUUGAGCGGAAAACAAGAUUCCUCCAUCCAUAAUAUAAUGAUUGAUUGUAAUGGCGAGAAAUCGAACAUCGGCGAGUUAAGAGUUAACAAGAAACCGACAUGAGUGCUAAGAAGGCGAAGCGUAAUAAAGAGGAGUCGUUGUUGAUUUCAUACAAUUCCGCAGAAGAUCGCGGUGGUGUUGGGCGAAGCAGUGAAUCUGAUGACAAUGUUCAACCGUUGGAUUUACCACCGACUCGACUUCGACGUCCAAGAUCCAGGAAAAUUCAUGUUCCUUCGCAAUCAAAAACUUGCUAUUCACCAUGGAAUGCUCUGCAGGUGAUCUUUGUUCUGUUCACUGUUGGAACAAUGAUCUCCAUGAUGUGGUUCACAAUAAUACUGAAGACAUCACUAGAGUCAAUGAAAAAAAGGAUCACUUCAUUGGAAUCAUUUGAUAGAAGCACUUCAAGGGAAUAUGAGAGCUUGAAUAAUGAGCUCACUAACAAGUACAAGGCCUUAGAAACUGACAGAGAAAAAGCCGUAAAACAUGAUGAUGAACAAUUUAAAUCAAUUCUUAAGCAGAUUGCAUAUUUAAACUUAACAGUGGAUGAAUUAAAAAAGAAGGUUAAGCUACCAGAAAGUGCAAGCACGUUGACAAAAGAUAUUGAUUCACUGAAGAAAGGAAUGGCUGACACAGGAGGCGAUAUAACAGAGAUUAAGGACAAAAUUAAACUGCUACGAGAUUUAGCUGAUAAACAGGAGCAUAGAAUGGAAAAGUUAAUCAAAAAUGUCUAUAAUCUUUCCGUUCAAGUAGCUCAAAUAAUGGGAAAGCCAACUCCCAAAGCACCAGCAAACACUGGUACCCCACCCCUUAUUUUAAGAAUGCCAGUGAUUUCUGACGAGAAACAACAAGCAGGAGAUGAAUCAGUGGUGAAGAACUUCACAGCACAAAUUUCAGUGAAAGUUGGCAAGGUUAUGGGAAUUCUGACAACCGUCAACCAGACAUUGUCCUAUGAAGUGUCCAAAUUAGGACUUUUGAUGAAGAGCUUGUUGAAGGAAGUCAAAAAACAUGUUGUAGCUCUUGAUGACUUACAAACUAAAGUAACACAGGUUUUGAAACAAAACCAAAGCAGUGUAACCUCAAGAGGUCACCUUCAACCAGACAGUGACAUGCUUUCAGAGCAUGUCUCCAAUUUAUCAGUUGAAGUGAAAAAGCUAUCAGAUUAUGUUGACCAACAGUCCAAGAAUCUGGCUGAACUGAUGUUGGAAAUGGUACAAAUGAACACAACUGUUUCUCAUCAACAAAGUCUCGGUACACCCAAGAAAUCUACUUAUUGCAACUGCUCUGUGGAAGUUGGAAAGAUACGGGAACAGUUAUCAAGCAACAAAUUGAGCAUCGAAUCACUGCAGCAAGAACUUCAAGCUCUUCAAAGUAACAUAGAAAGUUUGCCAAAAAAUACCUCACAACUCGGCACUACAGAGUCAGACCUUUCUGAGGAAAAGCAGAAAAAGGACAACCAAAGUUUAAGUGCUAGUGUCACAGAAGACAUAGAAAAAGAAGAUCUUGAGGAUGCUGGACUUAUGGCUGAAUUUAUCAAGCCAUCGCCUACACCAAGAAGUAAUGCCAAUAACUCUGUGUCAAAAGUUAAUAAGGUUACAGAAAGUGUAACAGAAAAUCCACCUAAGAAAAAUGAACUUGAAGCUGAAAGUGUAAAACCAUCACCUUCACAAAGGGAUGGCAGUCACACGGCAUCAAAAGCUGAUAAACUAAAAGAACUUUCUGUAAAUGCGUUACCACCUGGACAUGUUAAAUCAACACAGAAUUCUACACAGCCUUUAAAUGUUACCACAGUACCUCAGGUCUCCUCCAUCAACGCUACAAAAGACAGUCAAAAUUCAUCUUCUGAUCACAAGAUUCGCGUAAAAGUUGAAAAGUUAUCAACACCUAACAAAGAAGAGGCCCUAGAAGACAGCCUGGAGAAUCGAGGCUCAGAUUAAACUUAAAAUUUACUAAAAAGGCUUUGAAUGUUUUUUCUAUGGGCGGUAUAAUGAAGUCAAGUAUACCUAAUUAUAGUUAAUAUAUAAAGAAUUAUGGUUCAAUACAGUUUUGAUGUAAAAUAGCCAAUGCUAUUGACAUGAAGUGAAUUUUGAAAGGUCUUUUAUAUCAAGAGUUAGAAUUUAUCAACCAAUUUGUCUCGACUGAUAAGUAAAGUUAAAAAGAUUUGGUAUUGAUAGGACAGGUGUCCAGCUUUCUUUUUUUGGGAACCUUUUUUGACUUAAGUUGAACUGAAAUUGCUUAACCUGUUUCAAGAAUAUUGUAUGUCGUGAGGUUGGGUUCAAAGAUUCCCUGGCGUUUCUUCUGUCGUUGACUGAAAAUUUAAACAAUGUGAUUGCAAGUCCAAUGAUUUGCAUCUAAUUGAUGAUUGCCUAGUUGCAAUCAAAAAGUAGUUUCUCAUUUUCUGCACCAACUUUGCACUGAGACAAUUUGAACAAGUGUUGCAAAUGAGAUAAUUCAAGCAACAUGAUGAGGCUCUCUCAAACUCAAAGUGAAACAGAUAAACGAUUCUAUUUCCAACAAAUGAACGAUACUAUUUCCAAUAAACGGUGUUCUUCA